ACUGUUUAACAAUGGGGAUUAAACUCUGCAAAAGAAUACCCGUCAUCUUCGAUUUAUGUUCCCAUUUGGCGGUGUAAUUCCCAUUUUUAUGCUUUCAUGUUCCGCAUUUCUAUCUGCUUUAGAAUGAUAUAGUUAUCUGACAGACGCAUCGUCUGCUUCUCACAGUUUCUGUUUCCUCUAUUUGACCAUGAUGUGUGAGAAAGAAAACACUACAUAAUGCUUUUCAAACUGCUUCAUGUUGAUACUCUAACUGCAGGUGUUGCUUCUGAAGGGCUGGAUGUCAAGACUGGACGAGCAUGGCAAGUGGAGGAAGCACUGGUUUGUUCUGGGUGACACUUCGCUGAGAUACUACAGAGACUCGGAGGCUGAGGAGUCGGAUGAUCUGGACGGAGAGAUCGACCUGACAUCAUACGUGAAUGUGUCAGACUGUGAUGUAGAGAAGAACUAUGGACUACAAAUACAAACAAAGAGAGCAGUGUUCACUCUCUCUGCGAUAACGUCCAGAAUACGGAGAAACUGGGUGAAGUUACUAAAGCAGGCCAUCCAGAACAACACACACCAAUCAGAAACCUGCAGCGAGAAAGAGAACCCCCUCUCCCGGACACGGUCGCCAUGCCAACCCCCUGCUCGGUUCACCUGCGAGGACUCCAGCAAUGAGCCUACCGGCGCCGCCUACACCACAAAAACUGCAAACCCACAUCAGGCCGACCAACACCACAACAACCACCUCGACAGCCGCCGGACAGCCGCCGGAGACACGGACGCAGAUUUAUCUCCAACCAGUCAGAGAGAGGAGGGGGAGGGCUGGGACCGCGAACAAGCGAAGCGAUUGGAAGAGAGGAACAAGUGGUUUGAGGAGGGGGUCCCCUUCAGCGAGAUGGGCAGCAGGUGGGACUCCAUGGAGCUGAAAAGGGGGAGUGUACCUGUGCCUGUUAUUGAGACCAUGGACUCAGAGGUCAGCAGGAAAUGGGCGGAAUUUGAGACAUUUGGGGAUAUGAGCGCACAGUCUCUCAUUGGAGCUCAGGACUAUCAGUCAAGCUCCCUGCAGAAUCUCAAUCACUCCCAGACCAAUCAAUCGAGCUCAGAGGAGGCCAAACAGCCCGUCACUGUCUCAGAAAAUGAUUUAUUAAGCUCAUCCGUAAAUGGCGCCCAAAACACUCAAACAAAUGCAGCUGAAGUCCUUCAAAAGGAGGCCCUCUCUCUUCGAAAACAAGUGGAGAGCAUAAAGAAGGAGCGUGCAGCCAUGGGGAUAGAGGUAGAAAGGCAGUGUGGCCCUGGGGCCCCCUGUUGGGCCAGAAUUGAAGCUAUGGAAAUAGCCCAUCGGAAAGCACUGCAGGAGUUACAUGAGAAACAUGCAAAGGAGAUCCGGCAGCUGGAGGAUCAGAGAGACCGGAUGUUGCAGGUUGAGAGACUGGCUGCUUCUAAAGGAAUGGAGGAAUUGAGAGCGUCUCACAGAGCAGAGGUGGAGAGAGAGAUGAAGAAGGCAAGCCGGCUGGCUGAAGGAUCUGCACAUGUGGAAACUUCAUCCAAAGGCCAAAUGCCCCAGGCGGACCACUUGUACAGUGAGUUAGAUGUGCUGUCAGAGAAAUACUCUCAGAAGUGCCUGGAGCUGAGCCGCACGGAGCAGAGCAGCAAGGGUCGAGAGACUGAGCUGUGUCUCAAGGAGAGAGAGCUGGAGCAGCUCAGACGAGAAAACAAGGAACUGAAGGCCAAGCUGGCAGAAGAGAUCAGCCGCAUGCGUUAUUUCAUCACAGGCCAGAGGUCGGACACUUUAUCUCUUGGCAACAGUGAGCGCCCUGCAUCAGAAGUGGAGUUGUUACUAAGAGCAAAAGAUAAUGAGGUGCAAUAUCUAAAAAAAGAAAUCAGCUGUCUACAGAAUGAAGUUAAGUCUCUUACCAAGGAGAAAGACACAGCUUUCGAUCGGUAUCAGGAGGCCUACGUAGAGCUGAGUGAGUUGAAGGGUUGGAGUCGGUUAGAAACGGGAUCGCUCAAUGAACACUUGAGACUGGCAAACGCCGCACUUCAGGAGGGAACGAGAAACACCUGACAAACAAGGACCACUGUCAAUGAACUUACCUCAAAGACAGCAAGCGCGCAGAAAUAACAAAGUAUGUCCAAAGCAUCAUUACAGUGAGAUAAGAAGAUAUGAACUGCUGUUUUCAUUGAAAAGAUUAAAAAUGUCCCGUGUAAGAUUUAUGGAGACGACUGUGUUCUUUGAGAUGCAAAGACUGUUGUGAUUAAAUAACAACACAUGA